AUGCUCUGGGUGCUGGGCCGUGGCACCCAGCAUAACACCGGCGGCUUCAUCCACCAUGCUGGUCCGCAGCAAUGCAGCGUUUUUGGGCAGGCCUUGCGGCCAAAGGGUGGGACGUGCACUACAGCAGCGGCCGCUGCAGCUGAACCCCAUCUGGAACGUAGUCUCAAGGACUAG